AUGCAUUCAGCCGUUCCCUGAGAUGUGACAUGCUAUCUAGGUAGGGGUAUAUAUAACCUCUUUGCCAUCCCCAGUGACAGCCCUCGUGUCCCGUCAUCUCACAAGCACAAGUACAAAACACAAGCAGUCUGAACUACAACAACCUCCAAUCCCACACCCAAGCCUCAAGCAAGGAGUACUGUCAAAACCCAUAUCACCAAUCCUUGAGAUCCCAAAGUCCAACUACUACGACCAGGAAACAACAACAACAACAACCACCACCACAACCACCAUGCAAAUCAAAAAGUACAUUCCGGACUUCCUCCUCCCCACCGACGAGCCCGCCGCUCCUCCCAGGAUCUACGACGUCCCCUUACGCCGUGGCCUUUUCCACAAAGCCCGGCCCGGCAACGAAUACACCAUCUCCGCGAGCCGGAACAACUCGGUCGUCAGCGAGCGCAGGAGGAGCAGUGCCGGCUCGUCCGCAGCAGGCCAAGGUGAGACGAGAGAAAGUUGGCAUCCUGGCAUGAUGUUUGGCCGAUAAACGAUCAAUCACUUCAUGUAUUGUACUAUUUAGCAAGCGAGGUUUUUGUCUGGUUGUAUUUUCGGCAUUUUCGAUUUGGAAGGGAAAAGGCCGUACAGCAGUCAUCCAAAUUACCGCUAUUAAUACCUAAUUAAGGAAACAGACAGCUCUUCGUAUUCUCCAUCUAUCUUUUUUCCGUGGUCUGAAGCUUGGUGUAUCACGUUGCAAAGGAAGAGAAGGAUGGUCACUGUCUACGGAUAGCACAUCCAGAUCUUCCAUGGCUGCUGGCGAGUGCAUUAGGAUUCUGCCGCUACUUGUCGGUACCGAUAUCAUGAUCAAGUAGUGGCUCAGCACAAAGGAAAGCUCAAAACGAUGAUGAAGGAGAUGAGGGAAUUGAUACUGUCUUGAUCGAAGUGCAUUUAUGCUAGCUUGAUACAACUCCUUGUCUGCUAUGAUGCUUCUUCUCGAUGAUCCACAAUCUCUGAUGAUAAGUACUAUUUGAAUGAAUGCACACAACUCUAGCUCUUCUUCGAGUAUGCACCAGCAACCGGCCAUACGGGUGCGAUUUGCGGGACUUCAUCUCAGCUUCUCAAUAGCCCUCGCAUCAAGCCGGGUCUUCCGUCACAAAAGCAGUGUGUUGUUGCGAGUCCCGAUGACCGACAAGGUGGAGAUCGCAUCGGAACCAUCCUAAAGUUGCACGGCCAGCAGAGCGGGCUGGGUCACUCGAUCUCAG